AUGGCCACCGUCAUCACCGAACUACACUCGGGUUGGCAGUGCAGACAGUCUGAUGAUACCUCUAAGAACGCAUGGCUCCCGGUAUCGAAGGUUCCAACCACAACGCAUCUCGUUCUCCAAGAAAAUGGAAAGAUUCCGGACCCCUUUAUCGACAUGAAUGAACUGGCUGUACGAUGGGUCGCAGAGAAGUCCUGGACCUACAAGACAAGUUUUAGCACCCCGACAGAUAGACAGCACGAUGCGAGGACGGACUUGGUGUUCGAAGGCCUCGACACCUUUGCCACGGUAUCUCUCAAUGGCCACAAAAUCCUCGAGGCCGACAACAUGUUCAUCGGAUACCGCGUCGACGUGACACCUUUUCUCUUACAGCCUUCUUCCGAAGACGAUCCCACUGACCCAAAUGUCUUGGAAAUUGUCUUUGAAUCGGCCCUCCUCCGUGGCCGCGAGCUCGUCAAACAGCACUCACAUGAACACGAUUUCAUCGCUCAUCAGACAGAGUCGAGCAGGCUCCCUGUGCGCAAAGCACAGUGUCAUUGGGGGUGGGACUGGGGUCCUAUCCUGAUCACUUCCGGGCCGUGGAAGCGCGUUUCUCUGGAAACAUAUCUUGUUAGAAUCGACGACGUCUGGUUUCAGGGAGAGGUGAGUGAGGAUCUGAAGGUGGUGAACGGGAAGUUGUUCGCCAGUGUAGGUAGCGGCAAAGGGAACAUGGGAGAAGACAGCAUCGUCAAGCUGUCAGUAUCUCGCGACAAGGCCGUGUAUGAGGUGGACGCGCACGUCAACAAAGAUGGCAUUGCCACGGCAGAGUUUCGACUCGAAGACCCGGCUCUUUGGUACCCUCGUGGCUAUGGGAGCCAGUGCCUCUACGAGCUCCGAGCGAAAAUAUCCACACAGGAGGGCGGUCUUGUCUCCAAAUCCAGAUCGAUCGGCUUUCGACGAUGUCAACUCAUCCAGGAGCCGGACGAGUUUGGCAAGUCGUUCUAUUUCCGCAUCAAUAAUGUCGACGUCUUCGCGGGCGGGUCCUGCUGGAUUCCUACGGAUUGCUUCCUCCCGAGAAUAGGUGCGGACGGGUAUAAGAAGUGGAUGGAGCUGAUGAUCGAGGGUAACCAGAUCAUGACCAGGUAUAUUCGAUGGCUGACCCAGUUCUGGUUUCCGAUGCCCAAUUAUUUAAUCUGGGGCGGAGGAAUCUACGAAGACGACUCGUUCUACGAGGCCUGCGACACGCUGGGCAUUCUCGUCUGGCAAGACUUUUGCUUCGCCUGCGCCAGCUACCCCACGUAUCCAUCCUUCCUCGGCCAAGUCGAAGAGGAAGCGCGCUUCAACGUCCGACGACUCCGCUUGCACCCGUCGCUGGCCAUCUGGGCCGGGAACAACGAAGACUACCAGGUCCAGGAGAAGCACAACCUGGAAUACGACUAUGACGGCGACAAGGACCCGCAGUCGUGGCUCAAGACCAGUUUCCCCGCGCGGUACAUUUACGAGUAUCUCCUGCCGAAGAUCGUGCAGGAGGAGAGUCCAGGUGCGGUGUAUCACCCGAGCAGUCCGUGGGGCGACGGGAAGAAGACGUGGGACCCGACCGUGGGAGACAUUCAUCAGUGGAAUGUCUGGCAUGGCUCCAUGCGCCGAUAUCAAGAAAUUCCCAGCAUGGGCGGGCGCUUCGUGAGCGAAUUCGGCAUGGAAGCCUACCCGCACAUGUCGACCAUCGUCUCGGCCAUCGCCACGCAUCCCCAGCAACAGUACCCCGGCAGCAUGACCAUGGACUACCACAACCGGGCGAUCGACCACGAACGCCGCCUCCUGACGUAUGUGGCCGAGAACUUUCGGAUCAACUAUGACUUGGGGGCGUUCACGCACCUGACGCAGGUCAUGCAGUCGGACGCUGUGGGAUUCGCGUACCGCUCCUGGCGUCGCGAGUGGGGGGUCUCGUCGUCCUCGAAUGCAAAGAAACUGAGAAAGUGCGGCGGCGUGCUCGUGUGGCAGUUCAACGAUACCUGGCCGACCAUGUCGUGGGCGGUGGUCGACUACUUCCGCGUGAAAAAGCCCGCCUUCUACGCCAUCAAGCGCUCCCUGACGCCGCUGGCCGUGGGCGUGAGCAGGCCGUUCCACGAGUGGACGUCGGGACAUGUGGAUCCCACGCGCGCGGCCACGGACGGGACAUGUGACGUGUGGGUGUGCAGUUCGCGCAGCGAGGAUGUCACCGUGGACGUGGUCGUGCGGGCCAUUUCCAUCAAGACGGGGCGGGACGUGGUCGAACCGAUCGUGAAGCGAGGCGUCGUGGUCAAGGCGAAUAGCACGACUGAGAUCCUUCAGGGGAGAAACUUGUCCGGUGAUACUGCUGGUCCUGGUGAUUCUACCCGGUUAACAACAACCACCGAGGGAUCGUCGUCGCCGUCCUCCCCGCCCUUCGACACGAAUACAUGGGACCCGUACAUCAUCCACGCGUCGCUCCUCGUGGACAACCGCGUCGUGAGCACCGACACCGCCUGGCCCCACCCGAUCAAAUACCUCGAUUUCACAACCACGCCACGAGACGUCGUUGUCAGCAUCACCACCAGUCCCUCCUCACGCAACACCAGCACCAGCGAGAGCGCCAACACGACCAAGACAGUCGCCACCGUGACCAUCACCAUCACGGCCUCCCGCCCCGUCCACGGCUUCGUGUUCCGCGAAUCCCGCGACGGCCCAACCUUUAGCGACAACGGCUUCGACCUCGUGCCGGGGGAGGAGGUUGUUGUCGAGGUGUUCAGUGCAGGCGCGGAACCUCUGAAAGAGGAGGCGCUUCGGUGGACGUAUGUCGGGGCCGAGAGCGCGUGUCUGGGUCUUGGGCUUGGGAGUCAGAACGGGAAAUAA